AUGGCCACUGAAGACGCUUGCGCAAAGCUUCCACCGGCGAGCUCAAACUACAGCCCUGAAGGCUCCUGGGAUACCGUCGCGCAUCUGAACACCUACGUGACUGGCCCCUCUAACCCGACUCGUGCGAUUGUCUUCAUCUACGACAUCUUUGGAUUGGCACCGCAGACCCUGCAAGGCGCGGAUCGACUUGCCAACUCAAUCAAUGGGCUGGUAAUCGUGCCAGACUUCUUCAAGGGCGUCUAUGCUCAACCUAACUGGACGCCGCCCGAUACAGAGGAGAAGAAGGCGGCCUUUGCGAAAUUUAGAUCGGAACAAGCUGGCAUCCCGCAGAAUGUAGGUAAGUUGAUUGAGUUUAGGAAGGAAGCCGGCGAGAAGUGGAGCAGCGUCGGCGAGGAGGGCUGGGGUGUUUUUGGGUUGUGCUGGGGUGGGAAAUUAGGUAUACUGGUAUCGGGAGCUGGUAAUGAGGGCAGAGGAAGAAAGUUCGCCGCGAGUGGUACGGCGCAUCCUUCGCGGCUUGAUGUGCAAGAUGCAGAGGCUUUGUCUGUACCGUACCUCUGUCUGGCUUCGCCGGGAGAGCCAGCGGAAAUUGUGGCGCAAUAUAAGGAGGUUCUUUCGAAGCCUGGUAAGGUCGGUGUGGUCGAAACUUAUGACUCUAUGUUCCACGGUUGGAUGGGCGCAAGAGCGAAACUUGAUGAUGAGAAAAACCGUGCUGAAUAUGAACGCGGCUACAACCAGACUGCAGAGUUCUUCAGGCAACACCUAUCUAGUCAACGCCCUUAA